AUGUUGGUAAAAUGUGAAACGAAAAGUCAACGCGUGAAGAGCAUUUCGUUUCAUCCUAAGAUUAAUAUGAUCCUUGCUGGUUUACAUAAUGGUUUAAUACAACUGUGGGAUUAUCGUAUAGGUAUUUUAAUAGAUAAGUUUGAAGAACAUGAAGGACCUGUGAGAGGUAUAGAUUUUCAUAGUGUGCAACCUUUGUUUGUAAGUGGUGCUGAUGAUUAUUUGAUAAAAGUAUGGAAUAUUCAUUUAAAAAAGUGUGUAUUUAAUUUGGUUGGUCAUUUAGAUUAUAUUAGAAAAGUUCAAUUUCAUCAAGAAUAUCCAUGGAUAUUAUCAGCAUCUGAUGAUCAGACAAUAAGAAUAUGGAAUUGGCAGAGUCGUGUUUGUAUAGCAAUAUUGACAGGACAUAAUCAUUAUGUUAUGUGUGCUGAAUUUCAUCCGAAUAUGGAUUAUAUUGUAUCGUGUAGUUUAGAUAAAACAUUAAGAGUAUGGGAUAUUAAAUUGUUAAGAGAAAAAAAUGUCAUAUCGAAAGGUGACCAUCUAGACAAUAAUUACAAUAAUAAUAAUAAUAUGGUUAGUGGUGGUAGUAGUAAUAUUAUGAAUAAUAAUACAUAUUAUAGUAAUAAUUAUAUGCACCCUUUAAACGAUAAACCUUAUGGAUUAUCAAAAAAUAUUUAUAAUUCGGAUUUUUUAUCAAAUCAUCAUAAUAAUAAUAAUAAUAGUACUAGUGGUGUUGGUAAUUCUUAUUCUUUUAUAUCAAAUCAACAAAGUAUUAAUAUGUUUGGAGCUUCAGAUGCUGUAUGUAAAUUUAUUUUAGAAGGUCAUGAGAAAGGUGUUAAUUGUUGUACUUUUCAUCAUAAUUUACCACUUAUAGCAUCAGGUUCAGAUGAUAAAUUAAUAAAAAUAUGGAGAUUUAAUGAUAGUAAAUGUUGGGAAUUGGAUACAUUAAGAGGUCAUUUUAAUAAUGUAUCAAGUCUUGUAUUUCAUAGAACUAAUGAUGAUUUAUUAUUAAGUAAUAGUGAAGAUCAUACUAUAAGAAUAUGGGAUAUUAAUAAACGUUCAUGUAUUCAUACAUUUAGAAGAGAAAAUGAUCGUUUCUGGAUUUUAUCAUUUAAAAUAAAUUCAAAUCUAAUAGCAGCUGGACAUGAUUCAGGUAUGGUCAUAUUUAAAUUUCAUAAAGAAAAAUGUCCAUAUGAUAAAUAUGAGCAUUUCUUAUUUUAUUGUAAAGAUAAACAAAUAUGUUUAUAUGAUAUAAUAAAAGAUACAAAUACAACAUUAUGUCCUGUCAGAAAAUAUGGUAAUAUUAUGUCUAAUGGAUAUCAUCAAUUAAUAUAUAAUCACUUUUGUAUAACAAAUAUUGCUAUUAUAUUUAUAUAUAAAGAAGAUGUUAUCAAUUGUCCCAAUGGAUCAUCUAAUCAUGACGAUGAAAUGGAUGACGACGAAGAAUAUAAUAAUAAAAAUAAUAAUAAUAAAAAAAAUAAUAAUAAUAAUAAUACCAAUCAACAACAAUAUUAUUCAUUUGAUUUAAUUGUUUGGGAGAAUAGAAAUGCCCUUAUGAAUAAUUAUAAUAAUAAUAAUAGUAAUAAUUAUAAUAAUAAUAAUAUUAAUAGUAAUAAUUAUAAUAAUCCAAAUAAUGCUUGUUCGUCAUCUUUUAAUUUUUUUAAACCUUGGUCAUCAAAAAAAGAUCAUUCCAUAAAAAAUAACAGCAACAACAAAAAUAAUGUCAAUCAUAAUAAUAAUCUUAAUAAUGUUAAUUCUGGUGAUAAUGCAAAAUAUAUUAUUAAAAAUAAAUACUGCUGCUUUGCUACUUUUGUUUCAAGAAAUAAAUAUAUUUUUGUAGAAAGAAAAAAUAACAAUAAUUAUGUUUUAAAUAUACAUAAUAUUCCUGAUGAUAGUUUAUAUAAAAAAAUUGAAGUGCCAUUUAAAGUAGAUCGAGUUCAUUCAUUAAAUAAUAAUAGAAUUAUAAUAUUCGGUGAACAUCAUAUAUAUCUUUAUGAUAUGAAUAUGAAAAAAAUUUUAAAUGAAUUACAUCACACAGAUUCUAUCAUAUCUGUUGAAGUUAUAAAAGAUUAUAUAGCUUUUGUUUUUAAAUAUAAUAUUGUUAUAACAACCAUAGAUUUACAACAUCUUUCUACAGUACAUGAAUAUAUACGUAUUAAAAGUGGUAUAUGGGAUGAACGAAAAAAAAAUAAUUCAAAUGUAUUUAUUUAUAAUACUCUUAGUCAUCUAAAAUAUAUUUUAAUUAAUGGAGAGAAAGGAUUAAUCAAAUAUAUGGAUGAAACAGUUUAUUUAUUUAAAAUAUAUAAUAAUCAUUUGUAUUAUAUAAAUAGACAAGAAAAUGUUAAAAAUAUAUUAUUAAAUGAUACGGAGUAUUUAUUUAAAAUGUCUUUAAUAAAUAAUGAUGAAAAUAUGGCAUAUCAAUAUUUAAAUAUAACCAACAAGAAAAAAAAAACAAAUAUCUCAAAUAAUAAUAAUAGUAAUAAUAAUAAUAAUAGUACUGCCGUUGUUCCUUUGAAUGAAAAGAAAAAAUUAUAUUUUAGCUACAAUUUAAUAGGAUAUAUUAAAAAAAAAGGUUUUGCCAAUCUAGCAGUACAAAUGGUUAAUAAUAAUAACACGUUAUUUAAUUUAUCAAUACAAUUAGGACAUUUAAAUAAUGCUCUAAAAGCUGCUAAGAAAAUUGAUAAAACACAUAUAUGGAAUAUAUUAAGUGUACAUGCAUUAAUGCUAGGAAAUUUUGAGAUUGCUGAAUAUUCAUUACAAAGAACUAAAUCAUAUGACAAAUUAUCUUUUUUAUAUUUCUUCAGUGGUCAUAUUGAAAAACUAAAAAAGAUGUUAUCUAUAUCAAUGAUAAGAAAUGAUUUUAUCUCCAUAUUUUUAAAUUCAUUAUAUUUAGGUGAUAUAGAACAAAGAAUUAAUAUCUUCAUACAACAAAAUCAACUUAAUUUAGCUUUGUUAUGUUCUCAUUUAUAUAAUAUACCAAUAAAUCUAUCAGAUAAACAAUGUGAAUUUGAUAUUAAUGAUUGUAAUUAUUGCCCCAAAAAAUCCUUUUAUCUUAGUCCUCCUAUUCCAAUAAUAAAAAUUGAUGACAUUUCAAAUACUUCCCACAAAACUUUUAAUAAUAAUAUAUUAUCAUCCAAUGAUAAUAUUAUAAAUGCCAACCAAACAAAAAAUGAUACCCAUAAUUUAAAUAAGGAUAAAAUAACCGAUACACAAAUAAAUCUAGCAAAUAAUAUUUUAUGGAAUAAUUCAUAUAACUGGCCAGUAAUAAAUUAUGAACAAGCACAUUAUAAAUUCAACACACAAACAGAAUCAAAUGAACAACCAUAUGGAUAUGUAAACGAUAUAAAAAAUGCAGAUUAUAAUGGAAGUAUAAAUUAUAAAGAUCAAGAGCUGAACAAUAUUGUAAACAAAAGUAACCUAUCACAUGCACAUAUGACAAAUAUAUCAACAAUAGAAAGAAAUAUAAAUAAUAAUGAAUCAUACAAUGAAAUAAAUAAGUUUGAAGGUAAAAGUGAUUUUUCGGAUGAAAAUGAUAUAUGGAAGAAUGAUGUAAAUGAUGAGGAUAUAAAUAUAAUGGAUUUAGAUAUAGAAGAAAAUGAAAAGAUAUUAAAUAAGAAAGUUUUAAAAAUAGAAAGGAGAGAAAAUAUUUUACAACAGUUAUUAAAAAGAAGUGGUAAAAUUAUAGAUUUUAUAAGAACUGGAAAUAUAUCAACAUCUUUAAAAUUAAUAUCUAAAAAAUAUGGAAUUGUUAAUAUGCAACCAUUUAAACCAAUUAUAAAAAAUAUUUAUAUAUCGACAUAUGUAUAUAUUACACCAAUACAAAAUAUGGAACCAUUAAAAAUACCUGUACAUAUGAAUGAAAAUAAUGUAAAUAAUAUUUUUAUUACGAAACAUUUCUUAUAUACUCAAAUUAAAAAAGCACAUAAAUUAGUUACCCUAGGCAAAUUUACACAAGCACUUAAUCUUUUUAGAAAUAUAUUAUAUCAUAUGAUAUUUGUAGAUACAAAUGAAAAUGAAAAAGAUUUAUAUGAUUAUCUAGAAAUGGUUAUAAGUUAUAUAUUAGCUAUGAGACUAGAAGAAGAAAGAAAUCUAACUUCAACAUCUGACCCUAGAAGAAGUUUAGAAUUAAUGGCAUAUUUUACAUGUUGUUCCUUACAAAAUUCUCAUUUAUAUUUGGUUUUAAGAAGAGGCAUGGGUUUAGCUUGGAAGGCUCAAAAUUUUGUAACAGCUGGAUCGUUUGCUAAACGAUUAAUCAAUGGAAAUUAUGAAAAUAUUAAAGGAGCAGAAGAAGAAAUUGUUAAAGCAAAAAAGAUAUUAUUAAUGUGUGAACAAAAAAGUACAGAACAUUUUGAUAUUGAUUAUGAUCCAAAUGAUUAUAAUCAUAUGAAAAUAUGUUGUGUUAGCUUAACCAGAAUAAAAGCAAAGGAUGAAGUUGUUAUGUGUCCAUAUUGUCAAUCCAUAGCAAAAAAAGAAUUCACAUCAACCAUAUGUCCAAAUUGUCUUGUUGCAAAAUUGGGAAUAAAGGCACUUGGAUUCGACUUUUUAAAUAAAAACAUCUAA